AUGGAUUCGUACUUGGAAAAAGAGGACGAAAAAAAGAUCAGGAGCAAGCUAGAAGGAGAAGAACCAUCAUGCAAAAUAGAUAGUCUUCCACGCGAGCUCAUCCUUGAUAUACUUUCUAGGCUUCCCAUAUCAUCUUUGAUUCAAUUGAAGUCUGUGUGCAGAGCUUGGCGUAUGUUAGCACGACAUCCUGAUCUUAUGAGUAUCCAUAGCACAAGGAUGGCUAAGAACAAUCCAUGCCUCAUCUUACACUCUGAUUAUCCCAUCAGAAACCAGCUUUACUUUGUAGACAUCCCUGCCGACUACAACAAGGAAGAAAAGGUGAAAAGGUUUCAUGUGCCUUUUACGGCUGCAAUGCCCGAGUUCAAUGUGGUAGGCUCGCGUAAAGGAUCUGCCAAGAACUUCCCGUCUAUGCAGUAUUCGAAUCUUGGAGAGGUAGUUUUUGGGUUCGGAUUUGAUCCCACAACCAAGGAAUACAAGGUUGUUAAGAUAGUAAGUUACAACAUUAAUGCAGAUAGAAUCUACGGGCGUUCCCUCAGAGUUGCAGAUAUGAUUCCAGAGGCUCAAGUUUUCAGUUUGGGUUGCUCAACCUGGAGAAUUAUGGGAAAGUUAAAAUACCAUCUUGAUCAGUGGUCAUCACAAGUCUUGGUUAAUAGAAGACUUCAUUGGGUUGCUUGGACACGCAGUUAUCCAAGGCGCACAAUCGUCUCAUUUGACUUGGCAGACGAGCAAUUCAAGGAGAUCCGAACACCUUUCAAGGGGUGUAAUUAUCAUUGCCUUUCUGCUGCAGUCUAUUGCAACCAUGGAGAAUUGGAGAUAUGGGUGAUGACAGAGUACGAUGUGGAGGAGUCAUGGAUCAAAAAGUUUGACAUUAGGAACCAACAUACCCAAAGGAGUUGA